CUGCUCUCGCAUCAAUGAGCCUGUUGAUCAGAAAAGACCACUGGACUGGUAAUGACACAGUUCACUGAUCAGUCGCAGAGAAAAUAAAACUCCGCUUUCACCUCCCGCCCUACUUAAGCCGGACCUUCCUGCUGAUUUGUCUCCAUUCUACCUCAAGAGACCGAAACACCUGUCCGAGGCCACGAUGGUCGGGGCCGCAGCUCUCCUCCUCCUCCUGGUUCUGGUUCUGGUUCUGUCCGCCGCUUCACAGGACUACUGUUAUGAUGAGCCUGAUUGUGACCCGUACGCAUGGGGAGACUCCUUCCCGUCGUGCCACCCUCUGCUGGGGCGCCACCACUCCCCCAUCAACCUGGACCGUCACACGGUCCGAAACGACUCCCUGGGGCCGCUGCAUCUGGAGGGCUUUGACGUGAGCCAGCCGGGCCACUGGACGCUGGAGAACGACGGACACUCUGUCUUGUUGCAGGUCGGCAGCGGCAUGACGGUGAGCGGCGGGGGUCUCCCGGGCGUUUACCACACCAUCCAGCUGCACUUCCACUGGGGCGCGCCGGCGGCGAACGGGUCCGAGCACACGGUGGAUGGGCGCAGAUACCCGAUGGAGAUGCACGUCGUCAACAUGAAGUCCAUCCAUCCUAAUGUGUCCGCAGCUCUGGACGACCCGACAGGACUCGCCGUUCUGGGAUUCUUCAUCGAUGUCGUUUACGCAGACAACGUUCAUUUUGGCCACAUUUCCCAAAAACUAUCUUCUGUGGCUUACAGAGGUCAGAUGGCCAAAGUGAAGCCAUUCCCGCUGCUGAGCCUCCUGCCAAAGCUCAACAUGAGCCAGUAUUACCGCUACUCUGGCAGCCUCACCACCCCGCCCUGCUCCCAGGCAGUGGUUUGGACUCUCUAUGAGGUCCCCAUCUACAUCUCCUGGUCCCAGCUGGCUCAGUUUACCUCACAGAUCUUCUCCACGGAGGAGGACGCAGAGCAGGUGACGCCGCUGCAGAACAACUUCAGACACGUCCAUCCCACCUUCAGCCGCACCGUGUCGGCCUCCAGAGACGCGGGGCUCCUCGGGGCCACGGCCGGUCAGCCGCUCAGCCCGGCGCCCGCCCUCUUUCUGCUGCAGACCGCUGUGCUGGGCAGCUUUAUUUUUAAACUUUAGCAAAAACCCAACAAGAAUUAGUUACAGAACCUACGUGGAACGUGUCAAAGGGUCCUCUGUCUCUCUUCUGUCUUUUUGUUUUUGGUGUUUUCUAUUAAAUCUCAUUCUGGGAUAAUUUCCUAUUUUUAUAUAUAUAUAUAUAUUCUUUCUUCUUUUUACAUGAAAUGGUGUCAUUACAGCAUUGAAAUGGGGAACAUAGGAAUGAAAUCGCUUCUGAAUAAAGUUGUUUUUCUUUAUUUAGCUUUCUCUUUAGAAUAAGGGGUAAGGUAAUGAAAUCCAUCAUGACGUGGAUUGAAAAAAAAAAAAAAAAGCACCAAUGAUUUGUGUUUCUGCACAGUUGGAGCUUGUGGGAUUAUUUGAUCUUAAAUUAGUUUGAUUUUGGGAGCUGUAUAUAUGCAUUUAUAAUCCAAAACUACAGCACUCAUCAUUUAGUCCUAGAAAUUGUACAGUUCUGAAAAUAAAAUUGCUUUUUUAGUUUA